AUGGUGUGGUCAAAGGGGGCCUGCAAGGGUUUAUCUUCUGACGAGAUUGAUUUGAAAAUACAGAUUUUUUCAUCCGACAAGUCACUUUCGAGUCUCAUGAGUAUCCCGCGGCUCUUGACAAUCUCGCCAGGCCGGUUGGUGCGGGUGACGGAUGCGGAUGAGGAGGUCUUCGCCCUGUAUACCGGCCUGGCAGGUUCGUCCGAGCGCGCUUCAGAAUUCGACGCGGCCAAGAGCGAGCAGGCCCGCCGCCAUCCAACCCAGGCUGGCUCGUUGGGCUUUGUCGACUCGGGCGCGUCGACGAUUGGUAUCCGACUCGAGAUCCGUCCGCCGACGCAGCAGGCCCAUGGGCAGUCAAUGACGGGGCGUAACACGAAGAAGGGGAGGAAGGCGAAGACCAGCUCGUCGAGCCAGGGCGGUCGAGAGAUCGAAGUCGAGCUCAAGCAGGACAUCUUCGCCACCAAGUAUCGCAGCGGAGACACCGGAUCGCUCGUCUGGCGAGCCAGCAUCGACUUCGCCGAGCUUCUGUGGUACGAGCUCCUGUUCCCCUCGCCGCACGCGCCAUCGGGGCCGGGUGAGGACGAGGACACCUGUUGGAGAGGAUUCUUGGACAUGGCUCGGCUGACGGAAUCCAGUCGGAUCCUGGAGCUUGGGGCCGGCACUGGCAGUCUAGCCAUCCUCUGCGCCGGAAUGUUCCCCUCGGCGUCGAGGGCCUCGUGGACGGCGUCAGACCAGUUUGAUCUGCUUACCAUCAUCGCCCGAAACCUUGCCCAUAACCGGAUUGCCUUCUCGACCGGGUCUGGCUCCCAGGAGGAACCACACGCCCGAUACACGAUCGAGGAGAUCGACUGGCUAGCGGUCGAGACGCAAUGGCUCAAGACGCAGGGCCAUCCACGACUGGCUACGUCCGAGCCAGCCGACUGCUCGUCGAAGAGAUACGACCUCAUCCUGGCCGUCGACUGUCUCUACAACGAGUCUCUGAUCCUCCCCCUACUGCGAACGAUUGACCACUUCGGGAGCGUCCAGGAGGAGCCAUGUUCGUCGGGUGUCAACGGGCCGACGCUUGUGCUCGUCGUCUCCGAACUGCGGUCCAGCGACGUGGUCGAAGCUUUCGUCCGCCACUGGCUCGCUCUCCGUCCUGCCUGGACCCUCUGCCGUCUCCCCAUCCAGUCCCUCCGCCCCGAACUCAACCUCAACCUUGCUAAGCCCCGCUACGUCGUCUGGUGUGGCUGGAAGAAUUGA